GGGACCCUGCCGGGGGCGCUGAGCUCCAGAGCCUGCGGAGCGCACUGGCGGGCGGCCGUCGGGGUGCGCCCGGGUGAGCGCGCCAGGUACCAUGCGCCGCUGCCUGCCGCUGUUGCUGCUGUUGCUCGCCGGCGCCGUGCACACGGUCAGAGGCCUCCCCCGCCUGUGCGAUGUGCUGCGGAUGCUGUGGGAGGAGCAGGACCAGUGCCUGCAGGAACUCUCCCGAGGGAGCACAGAGGACCGGGGCAUGGAGCAGCCCUCACCAGGCUGCGAGGGGCUGUGGGACAACGUGAGCUGCUGGCCGUCCUCUGUGCCCGGACAGAUGGUGGAAGUGGAGUGCCCGCGAUUUCUGCAGCUGCUUACGGGCAGAAACGGUACCAUGUUUCGGAACUGCACACAGGGCGGCUGGUCAGAGACCUUCCCCCGGCCCGACCUGGCCUGUGGGCUGAAUGUGAACGACUUGUCCAACGAGAAACGGCAUGCAUACCUGCUGAAGCUGAAGGUCAUGUACACCGUGGGCUACAGCUCUUCCUUGGUGAUGCUCCUGGUUGCCCUCAGCAUCCUCUGCGCUUUCCGGCGGCUCCACUGCACCCGCAACUACAUCCACAUGCACCUGUUCGUGUCCUUCAUCCUGCGUGCCCUGUCCAACUUCAUCAAGGACGCUGUGCUCUUCUCCUCUGACGAUGCCACCCCCUGCGGUGAACACAGGGUGGGCUGUAAGCUGGCAAUGGUCUUCUUCCAAUACUGCAUCGUGGCCAACUAUGCCUGGCUGCUGGUGGAAGGCCUCUACCUUCACACGCUCCUCGUCAUCUCCUUCUACUCUGAGAGGAAGUGCCUCCAGGGAUUUGUCGCCCUCGGAUGGGGUUCCCCAGCCAUUUUUGUUACUUCGUGGGCUCUCACCAGGCACUUUCUGGAAGAUGCUGGGUGCUGGGAUAUCAACGCCAAUGCGUCCGUCUGGUGGGUCAUUCGAGGGCCCGUGAUCCUGUCCAUCCUGGUUAAUUUCAUCCUUUUUAUAAAUAUUCUAAGGAUCCUGAUGAAAAAACUUAGAACCCAGGAAACAAGAGGAAAUGAAGCAAAUCAUUACAAGAGACUGGCCAAGUCCACCCUCCUGCUCAUCCCCCUCUUCGGCAUCCACUACAUCGUCUUUGCCUUCUCCCCAGAGGACGCCCUGGAGAUCCAGCUCUUCUUUGAAUUGGCCCUUGGCUCGUUCCAGGGCCUGGUGGUGGCCAUCGUCUACUGCUUCCUCAACGGUGAGGUACAGCUGGAGGUUCGGAGGAAGUGGCGGCAGUGGCACCUCCGUGGGUUCCCGCUGUGCCCCACGGCCCUCAGCUCCUCCUUCAGCAAUGGCACCAGUGGCCUCACCCACUCCAAGUCCAGCCCCUCAGAGCAAGACCAUGGCACCGGCAGGACCAGUGUCAUCUGAGGCCAGAGCCAGGCCUCCCAUACACAAAGGCCCGCAAGGGCUGGACGCUCCUCCAGGGUGGCUGUUUAUUCCUGCAGACGCGCCUCCUCCAGUGGCUGAGAACCCCUCCUCCAGUCCAUGGGGGUCAUGAAUCCUCAGAACUAAGGGAUGGAGGGAAGCCAGGCAACCAGGAGGAGCUGGGGCACGGGGGGCAGGAGGAAGGCCUGGGAUUUGGGUCUUGUGUGCUCUUCUGGGAAGAGCAGCUGGUGG